GGCGGCAUGAAGACGAGCCGCCGCGGCCGAGCGCUCCUGGCCGUGGCCCUGAACCUGCUGGCGCUGCUCUUCGCUACCACCGCCUUCCUCACCACGCACUGGUGCCAGGGCACGCAGCGGGUCCCCAAGCCCGGCUGCGGCCAGGGCGGGCGCGCCAACUGCCCCAACUCGGGCGCCAACGCCACGGCCAACGGCACCGCCGCCCCCGCCGCCGCCGCCGCCGCCGCCGCCGCCGCGGGGAACGGCCCCCCUGGCGGCGCGCUCUACAGCUGGGAGACGGGCGACGACCGCUUCCUCUUCAGGAAUUUCCACACCGGCAUCUGGUACUCGUGCGAGGAGGAGCUCGGCGGGCUCGGUGAAACAUGUCGCAGCUUCAUUGACCUGGCCCCAGCAUCGGAGAAGGGGGUCCUGUGGCUGUCGGUGGUGUCCGAGGUGCUGUACAUCCUCCUGCUGGUGGUCGGCUUCAGCCUCAUGUGUCUCGAGCUCUUCCACUCCAGCAAUGUCAUCGACGGGCUCAAGCUCAACGCCUUCGCAGCUGUCUUCACGGUGCUGUCCGGCCUCCUGGGAAUGGUCGCCCACAUGAUGUACACACAGGUGUUCCAGGUCACCGUGAGCCUCGGCCCUGAAGACUGGAGACCCCACUCCUGGGACUACGGAUGGUCCUUCUGCCUGGCGUGGGGGUCCUUUACCUGCUGCAUGGCAGCCUCCGUCACCACACUCAACUCCUACACCAAGACGGUCAUUGAGUUCCGGCACAAGCGCAAGGUCUUUGAGCAGGGCCACCGGGAGGAGCCAACCUUCAUAGACCCUGAGGCCAUCAAGUACUUCCGGGAGAGGCUCGAGAAGGGGGAUGGGCUCGAGGAAGAGGACCUUCACUUAGAUUGUCGCCACGAGAGACACCCUGCCCGACACCACCCACACAUGGGAGAUUCCUGGCCGCGGAGCUCCGCUCACGAGAUGCCGGAGCUGAACCGUCAGUGCUGGGUCCUGGGGCACUGGGUGUGACCGAGACCCAGCCUGGCCCCCGGACCUCAGGCGGUCGUCGGAACCGGCCCCCUGCCAGAAGGCCACCGGUCUGGCGCCCCUGGAGACCCGGCCCGUGUGCUGUGAACUGAUCCGGCCUGUGUGGGAGACGCAGGCCUGCCCUUCCCACCGCUGUCCGGGGCUCAGGGCCCUGGCAAUGGAGCCGGGGUGGCCCGAGGGAAUGCGCAGGGCUGCGCACGGUGACUCUGGGACAGCAGCUCCUGACCCUUGCUGCCGUCACAUGCGGCGCCCUGUUUGGUGCAGCUGGGACGCCAGGAGAGGCAAGGUCAUCGGCCACUGAGGGCCGGACAGGAAGUUCAGGAGGGGCCCUGCGGUCACGAGGCAGGGAGUGGGUGGGGCCUCCCGGCGCUGGCUCCGCAGGGGGGGAGGGGGUCACACAGCAGGCACAUGGCAGGGCCACAAUAAAUGCUUGUUGAACCUGUCGUCUUGCUGUGUGUGGAGGCCAGUUGCUCUCUGGGCUGUGGCUGCCCCCCGUGGCCCCACCCUGUCGGGUCCUCAAGGAACCUGAAGGUGAGAUGGCCUGAGUGUGCUGGGGUCAGGGCCAGACACUGAGGUUCGGGAAGGAAGGAGAGCAGAGUGUAGCUGGGUCUAGGGGGUUG